UAGUAGUCCCGCACACUGCCCCGGUAUAAGAAUAAUCCUUAUUAUUAUCGAAUGUAUAAACCACUAAAACGGCAGCCCCCGGGUGGAAAGGCCACAAAAUUCUUUUUCUGAAGACCACGUACAACUGUGUCAUUUCCGUUGUUCACCCAGAAUUUACUUUGUAUGGCACUGUCGCUUGGUCAUUUCACGCUUUACCCGAUUGGGGAGUCAAUCGAGAUUUCAAUCGAUUCUGCCGGUGGUUUCCGAUGCUCCCCGCAUGCAUCUUCUUUCUUGCCUUGGGGACGAGAAAUAACAAUACACAAUGACUCUUGCAGCAGAUGCCAAUAAGAUUUUCCCCAUCACCACGUUUAUUUCAGACCUGCCGAGCAAUCUCACUCCGCAACUCGUCUCAUCCGCGGAAGGAAAUGAAAAUGAACCGGGAUCGGCUGCUCGACGCUUAGUCAUCGUCGGUGACGUCCACGGGAUGAAAAGGUCUCUGGAAGCGCUUCUGGAUAAUGUCGGCUUCGACAAGGGCAAAGGGGACCAUCUUAUAUUCGUGGGUGAUUUGGUCAACAAAGGGCCCGAUAGCCCUGGCGUGAUUGAUCUGGCCGUGGAGUUGGGUGCCAGCGCCGUGAGAGGCAACCAUGACAAUGCAGUCCUCGAUGCUGCUGUGGAAAUCAACGCCAGAGGAGACCACCCAACGCAUGCUGGAGACAUAACCAGCGGUCCUGCCAAGCUACCCGAAAACUCGGGGGCUGAAUCAGCUAAUGAGACUGUUGCUUCCGACGGCCUCACGCGACACAGCGCAACAACGUACAGCACAGCCCGGGCGCUUUUGACGCGCCAGCUUGACUGGCUCGCCGCCCUGCCAUUGAUCUUGCGCAUCAGACUGCCGCACCAUCCCACAUCAUCCAUAGAUGACACUCUGGUUGUCGUACAUGCUGGUCUCACCCCGGGUAUCCCACUUGAGAAGCAAGAUCCUCAUGCUGUAAUGCUCAUGCGCAGCCUCGCUCACGCGCCGGGCGACGAAGGCACGUUCAUACCGGCUGAAGCAUCGGGAGAGGAAGGCUGGGCCGCCCAAUGGGAUCGGUGGCAGGACCAAUUGACAACCAGGACGACUGUGAUAUUUGGGCACGAUGCAAACCGUCGUCUGCAGUUGGGCAGGCAUGCAAUCGGACUGGAUUCCGCAUGUCUAUAUGGUUACCAUCUGAGUGCACUUGUCAUUGAGUCGACCGACAGGGGAAUACAACACCGGGUAGUGCAGGUCGAAUGUGCUGACACACCUGUUGUCCGUACAGCAAAAGCAGUGGUCACUUGACUGAACUGGAAUCGAAUGUGACUUGUAAGUCUUCGGAUUCAAGACAGUGUCUGUCUUGCAUUACGUGAGGUUAAGUCAGGCCAACCACCGACUCCGCUCAUACCACAACUACUCGAUGCGUCCAUUUUAUCCUUUGAGCUUUAAGUUUUAUGAAAUACCAGAGACACAACCGUCAAUCUCCAACGCUAUCGUUUAUCCCCAGGGCGAAAAGACUUGUGAUUGCCGAAAACGGGAGAAGGGCCGCCUUUCUUGCCACACCAUCGUUAUACUAUUUGCCCGCUCAUGAUUGCAUAGUUGACUCAGGUGGUUGAAGACCCUCUGCAUUUGAGGCGGCAGCAGGGGAACGGGCUCUGCGGGGACACUAGGGUCAGCUCUAGAUACAACUCCUCCAGCUGGU